AUGGAAACCUCAACUUUAGAAUCAUUCUCCCCAGACCCCCUGGCCUUACAGGCUGAAGAGGAAGAAGAUUUGACAGCAGAGGAUAUACCUUUAGAACUUGAGAAAACACUCCGUUAUCUGUCCAUCAUCAUAUACAGCAUAGCUUUUCUUCUGGGAACCACUGGAAAUGGUUUGGUGAUAUGGAUUGCUGGUUUUAAGAUGAAAAGAACAGUCAAUACAGUUUGGUUUUUGAACCUUGCCAUCGCUGAUUUCAUUUUUACGUUCUUUUUACCACUGAGCAUCACCUACACUGCUCUGGGUUUCAACUGGCCAUUUGGAACUCUACUGUGCAAGCUGAACAGCACCAUUGCUUUCUUAAAUUUGUUUGCGAGUGUCUUCCUGCUUACCGUUAUCAGUGCUGACCGCUGUGUCUCUGUAGUCAGACCUGUGUGGGCCCAAAACCAUAGGACUCCAAGGCUGGCUUCUGCCAUUGCCCUUUCUGUAUGGUUGGCAGCUUUUAUCCUCUGUUCGCCCUACUUGGCUUUUCGGGAUACUGUACGAGACGAUGACAACAAUGUCACACACUGCUACAACAACUACGCCUUCUCAAAUGACUUCGAUGACUUGGAGGUGGUAGCGUUGAGGUCCAUGAGACACCAAGUAAUGAUAUCUGUACGGUUUCUUUUUGGGUUCUUGCUCCCCUUCGGACUUAUUGUAGUUUUCUAUUCUUUGAUGGCUUUGAAGUUGAGAAGAAGCCAUCUUUCAUGGUCCAGCCGGCCAUUUAAGGUUAUGGCGUUUGUUGUGGCGGCUUUCUUCAUCUGUUGGUUCCCGUAUCACAUUCUUUCUGUACUGGAAGUUGUUAUGCACCACUGGGACAAUAAAGGAUUAAAAACAGCUGUUCUCAUUGGAAGUCCACUGGCUACCAGUCUGGCUUUCUUUAACAGUUGCUUAAACCCAUUUCUCUAUGUGUUCCUGGGCAGGGACUUUAAAGAAUCCUUGAGAAGGUCUAUCCUUUCAGCUUUCGAAACUGCAUUUAGUGAAGAGCAAGGGAAAAACGCCUACAGCUUAGGAACUCCUCGGUCACUUUGUGACCAAGAGUCUCAAUUUACCUGACUGAACCUGGACACAACUGGUAGAAAUUAGUCAUGGCAGAUUAAUUAUAUUUUAGGAGCACGAUUUGUUGGG